GAUUCAAGAGCCGAAUAGCUCACAGGGCUAUACCAAAUAAAUAAACAAAAAAAUAAUUGCUUGUCUCAUCCAUGUGCAGCACAAGCGACUGAAUGAACGCACAGGAGACCAAGGCUGUACACGACGGGAUACUGUGUGUUCUGUCGAGCAGCAGCAGAAACUGUAAUGAAAUAAUAAUUAUCGUCAUCAAUUCAGCAGCAUCAAUAUAGCACUGCUAAUAGCUUAAUGAAUAGAAUAAAUAUACACUUUAUAUUAAGAACUACAAACUUCUCUGUGGUCCAUUGAUUACUUAAAAUGAAUCCAUCACUAAGCCAUUUUAUUUUGAGUGUUUUAAGGGCAAAUUAAUAACACAUUUACAAUGUACAUUUUAGAUUUAUAUAAGCUGCCCUGAAUGUCAGCACAUUUUAUCUAGCACUGAGAAAACAAAAUAGACCUCGCGAUUAGACUUUUGUAUAAACAGUGGCUAGCAAAAACAGUAAUAUCUUUGUCCAAUGGUGCUAUUUUUAUUGCUGCUGUAAAACUCUUGUAAUACGAUUUUAAUGGAACAAAAUGAAUAUCAAGGACAUUAUUAAAAAAAAACACGAAAUCUGCAAGAUAUGCUAUCACCACGGUGAUAUUUGUGACUAACGUGGUGUUCAUAAUGCAAUUAUUCAAAUGUUAUCGCAGUAUUGCCUUUUUCUGUUUGUGAGCAGGUGAUAUCGAUUGGGAAGGAUAUUUAAAUAUGUAUCUCUCAUUUAUAAUUUUCACAAAUUUGUAAUUAUAUUAACAUGCUUUCAUAUUAUUGGUUCUUUUGGUAAAGUCAUGUAUAAGGGAAACAAUAAAAAUAUAUUAUUUUAUUGUUUCCCUUCUACGUGACUUUACGGAAAGAACCAAGAAUAUGAAUCCCUGCAGUCACGAAAGCUUUAAAUCAAAAUAUAAUGCUUUCACUUAACACUUUAAUAUUAAACGUGGAGUUAUCAAUGUUUUUUGAUAAUCCUUUGCAUGAGUAAGUGGACGAUGGUCAUAGAAGCGGUAUUAUCUGUUAAUGGGUGAUAGUUAAAGUGUGAGAAAGUCAGUGGUAAUGUGGUUAAUUUGAGUAGUUUGUACAUGAAUGAUUAAAGUUGGAUUAACCUUUGAUUCGUGAAGCUUGUCCAAAAAAUAUUUGGUCGAAUCUCAGGUCAGCUCGUAGGUGUGAGGAAACGAUGUUCCUUUAAUCUAUAUCCUCUGUUUCUUUUCUUGAUCCAAAAAAGGUGACCCCACGGAAACUUUUGUGGGCCAAAUCCUGCAGGGCACAUAAUAGGCUGCUUCAUGGUGAAGGACCAAUUCUGAUUGGACAGAGGAUAGGCAGAUAAUGAUAUAAAAAGGGGACUUUUGGAGUGUUGAGCACCAGACUGGUUUGGUCCUGCACAAGAAGCAGAAAUACAGGUGCUCUGAGGUGAUCUACGGCUGCAAUAAAUUAUCAAGAAGGCGCAAUGGCUCGUGUCCUGGUAAUCGCUGCUGUCAUGCUUGCAAGUGUGUUGCUUGCCAGAGGACAGGAAAUUGAGCAUAAGAGAGAAAAACGAGCCAUCUGGAACUUUGCUUGGAUGAUCUGGAAAGUCGUGAGAAUAAAUCCGGCAGAGUACAGCGGCUACGGCUGUAACUGUUUAUCAACCGGUCAUGGAAAACCAGUCGAUGAUGUGGACAGGUGCUGUCAAGCUCACACCAAAUGCUACGAGCAAGUCUACAAAAUGAGUUGCUCACCGCAUUGGGACCCGUAUUAUUUCUCCAUCAGAGGAAAAGCCAUACGCUGCACCCGUGGCGGACCGCCGUGCGACGUCCACACGUGCCGCUGCGACAAGGCUGCCGUAGAGUGCUUCGCUCGCAGCCACUUCAACCGACGCUACCGCAACUUCAACCGAAAGAGAUAUUGCAAAAAAGAAGACGACUAGGCACACCGGUCACAUUUAAUGCAACCGCAUUCACAUACGAACAGUGACGUUCCCAUGUAAUGAGUUUACCCGACAACAACAUUAUAAUAAAAAACACACUUCUGCAAAUAAUGUAUACAUUGUAACAAAUAAUUUGGACAAUUAAUUUGACUUCUGGAUCAAGAUUCAGUAACUAGUGGGUAAUAACCAUCAAAAAAUGGGCUGUUUAAAACUAUCUUGAUCAUAUGUGACUGCAAAGGUGUGAUUCUCUUAUGGAUAUACUCUAGUAAUCCAGUUGUCAAAUUGUGUGGUGAUACGGCAUUUGGCAGUGGUGCAAAAAAGCACAAUUAGCAGGAAAACAAAACGCCUUCGUCAAUAACACUACCUUUAAAAAAGUUUAGGCAAUGUCUUUGGGCAAUGGCCAUUCUUCAGAGAACACGUGCCAUUUCCCAAACCAUUGCUUAUCAGAGUACAUUACUGUAUACACUUUAUUAAGGCAGUUUUAUUGUCAACCGUGUUCAGUUACCUUUUCGUGAUGGUAAAACAUACUUGCUGAUUUCUCUUUCUUUUGUUUCAAUUUCAAAUUUACAGCAUUGUACUUUGGGAAAUGAUGUUAUUGACGGUGUGGGCUUAAUGGUUGUGCUGUAAAUGUCAAAUACAAUAAACAGUUCUAAUCAAAUGCUGGUGCAUAUAACUUGGGUGAAAGUGAGUUGUACAAUACAUUUGAAGACCCUACAAAUGCAUUGCACAACUCAUUCUAAUGGCAUCUUCACUGUCAGCCACAGUCAAUCCACUGCUGGAUGAAGGCCUCCACAUUCCAUAUCCAUCACUCAUUCUGCGAUGUAUUAAGUACCUGCACAUUACCUGAUUUCAUAGUUUUGUCUGCCCAGUGGAUCCACAGCUUAGACACGUUGUGCUUCUUGGGCUGCCAUUCCAUUAUUAUUUAUUUUAGUUCAACGUUUUAUUCACCUCUAUUCUAGAUUUAAAGCUUUCGUGACUGCAAGGAUCCAUACUCUUUGGUUCUAUUCGGUAAAGUCACCGCAUGUUGUGCAUAGCUAUGGUGAGAUCAAGAAGGUGUUUUGUUCGUACUUAGUGAUUCAGAGCACCUCCUACUCCUUCACCUGCCCAGGUGAAUAUUAGGAAGCCACUGGGAGAUAUGCACUCUUAAAUCUAGAUUAAAAAAUAAUUGCUUUAGAACAGCUUUAUGUGAAAGAAUUUCAACAUACACCUUUGUUGAAAAAUCUCAUUCCAUCAUCGCUUACGAUUUAACUCCACAGUACCAUCGCCAACAUAUUCGUUUGAGAGAUUGUAUACCCGAUAGAGUAUUCCAAUUAUGAUAUAGUUAUUAUCAAGUUUAGUAGUAAAAAUAUGUCAACCUGUUUGGUUUAUGCUGAUUACAACUGAAAACAACCUCUUUAGAAGACAGUUCGUUACUAGUUAUGCUCAUAUAGGAUUUUGAAAAGUCGAUAAAAGGUUACAUAACGUAAGCAUUUAAAACGGUGUUAUUCUGCUUUUCCAUCACAUCUUGAUUGAUUUGCUUAGAAUUUCCAUGACCGAUAAUACACCCAUUCCAUACAGUCAUUCUGCAAAUGUCCAUUAGAUUAGGUAUUCACAUUUUCCUUAAAUCAAAAAUGUGUCAACAUAAAGGAUGAGCAACUACAGUGUUCAUGGCAAUUAUAUGAAGCGGGAAAAUAUACACUGUGCCUUAUUCUGUUUUUGACAAAAAACAUGGCAAUCACUGUGCUUAAUAGUUGGUGCAUGAAAUGUGGUUUAAUCAUCCUUGCAGCUCUCAAAUGUGGAGAGAAAUGUUAGACAAUAUUUUGGACAACAUGCGGUACAACGUGGAAACACAUCAGAGAACUAUGCAGCACAACUAAGUAUUUAAAUGCAGUAUUAUUUUACCAGCCUUGUUAUUGAGUUGAAUAUAUACAUAUGUCUCGGCUUCGCUGUGCGCUGCAUUGCACCACUAUCUGAGUAGUUAACCUUGCAUUCAAUACACUUUCAGAGCCAGGGAGAACAACCGACUCCAACGUAUUUAAUUAAUAGAACGAGGUAAAACUGAUGGAAAAACUCAGCACAAAAUACAGCAUCUGUUAAUACUUGCAAUAUCGAUACAAUAAAUGAACACAAGGAGCAUCAUAACAUUGUCUUAGAUAAUGUGAAACUCAACAAUAGGUCCUGGAUAGACAGGGC